AUGUCGUUAUUUGGUGGUAGUGCGCCGCCCUCACGCUCUUCAUACGAGUCCGACGCCUCCGUAUCCUCUUCAUCUCGCUCGUCACCAUCAGUCGUCUCGGUUCCAGAACCGCACAACACGCAAGAGGCGCAAAAGCUCAAUGUUCCGAUAUCCUUGAAUGUAGACGAUGAUCUAGACACCGACACAGAGUCAGAAGAGGAGGAGUCGGAAGAGGAAGACGAGGAUGAGCCUGUGCGACCAAACCGAUUCCACGGACAGCCGCAAACAUGGCAGGGCUAUACGGAGGCAGAACGACAGAUCGCAGAGGCGCUCGAACAGAUGGAAAACUCAGACCUUUCGGCACAUCUGUACAAUGCGCAUGCGCUCAAGCAGCAGCUGCGACGGCCCACGGAAGAAAUGGCGCGAUUGAAGAACUGGCAGAGCAGGGAUACCUGGCUGAAGUCGGGGGAAGACCUCAAGUACACAGAUGCGGCAGGCUUAGUGCAGGCAGCUCUAGCAAUGCCAAAAGAGUGGACAGCAUGGCCAGUACCUCCUACAGAGUUGUCAAGCAGCGACGAAAGCUCAGACAGUGAGCUAGUUGGAAACCAUCCCGACGAAUGGGCUAUUGAAAGUGGUAGCAAACAAGAUGCGGGGGAGGAACUUAGGGAAGAACUCUUGGCACUUUUUCUGCGCAUGGCAAAAGAGCGAUGGAACCUACGGGACGCGUCCUCGUCAGAAUCUGACGCCGAAGAUGAUUCUCAGACUUCACGAAGCCGGUCGCGAUCUAAAUCUGCCGAAUCAUCACAAUCACGCUCCAUGUCCCGUACUAAUGUCAGAAUGAACGACCAGAGUGACGCAGAUAGAGAGACUACAGGGUACGAGAGUGAUGCGGAGCAAGACCGCACGUCUGGGAAGAAACGGGGCAGAAAACCCCAACUUGGCACAUUCUCCAAGCCGGAUAUUCUGGCCGACGAUAUGAAAGCGAAGCAGCUUCUGCAACCCUCAAUACAGUCCAUCAUGAGUCGGCUAGACGAACUUGCAUGGGCUAUUCACCGAACACGGGCCAACCACGUUGGUCGAGGAGGAUCAGCCGGCUCUUCCAUGAGCGAGUUUACAUCGGGAGCGGAAUCAAGCGGGCCUCCUUCGAGGUCUUCAUCAAGAGCUCAAUCAAGAAAGUCCACAAGCCGUAGGCCCACCAGUAGGCCUUCCUCACGUACGAGCUUGGUACAAACUAGUCGUGCUAUAAGAAAAGGGACGGGAGACAAUGGUGAGGUGGACGCAGCGAAGAGUGAUGCUAGCUCUGGCGGCGCAUCUGACUGGGAAGCAUCCCAUAAGGAGCAGUCUCUACGGAAGCGUCGCAGAUCCUCAAGCAGUGGGAGCGAUAGCGAUGCUUCAACAGUUCAAGACAAAGAGUUGAGAGAAGGCUUGCUGGACUGGAGCGAGGUGCUUGGGCUCGCAGCUGUGAAGGGCUGGAAUAGCGGGGCCAUUGCGCGUACAGCCCAACGUUGUGCUGCUCUCUUCGGCGAAAGCAUGUCAUUUAUACCGUUGGACGAGUCGUUGGCAUCGAAAGCCGUCCCUGAGUCAGUACACUACACUCCGUCUACCAUACCAACUCCAAGCAUUUCGUUAGCCAAUGGGAAUCCAACCGAGAAACGCCCACUGUUCCAGCCUGGCACCAUGAAAUGCCCGCACACAGAUUGCUUUGGCCACGAGAAAGACUUUGCAAAGUCGUAUCGUGUGGUUGAACACUGCAUACGAGUCCACGGGUACGAUCCUAGGACUAAUGACUCUGACAAUGAGGAGAGAAUGGUUGGAGGCGUGCACAUUGACGGCUUCUUACAGCCCAUCGCAGCGAAGCCGGGAUGGCCGGGCAAGAGGCGCACCAAAGGCGGGAAUGCAAGCAAAAAGCACAAAGGGGCACAAAGCGACAGUCGAGGUGCAUCUGAAGCCUCUGUCGGCGCUGAGGAAUGAUUAUAG